GAACGCGACCACUGGCGGGAAUAAAAUAAUCGAAAUAUCAAACGGAUAAAUAUAAAAUUUACGGAAAAUAAAUAUAGAGCAAUCAGCUCCUUGAAGUUAUGUCUACGGCCUUUCUCGUGGACAGUCUCCUGCACGCCCAGCAGACCUACACGGAAAGCCAGCUUCAGCUGAAGUCUAGCCUGAGCGAGAUGCUCCUGUCGCGUCGUUCGGGUGGCGGGGAUCCUGUGGUGGAUCCUGCGGAACAGCCCUCCGCCGAGUCCUGCGGCUGCUCCAAGUUGCGCGGCUACAAGUGUGAUAAGUGCCGCGAAAUCCUUCGUGCCGAGAGUGUGGACAGCAUCGAGAUGGAGAUGGACGAGGACGAUGGCUCCUCGUCGGCGGAUGAAAUCGUGGCCGAUAUUGGCAGUGUCGAGGGCGAGGAGCCGCCUAUGGACCUGGAUGAGGAUGGACUGGAGGACGAGCUGGCCGAGGUGGACGAACCGGUGGCAAUCAAAUUGCCCAAGGUGGAGCCCAAGGAGACCAGCCUGCCGGCGGUGGGCAACACCAUCCUCAAGGAUACGAACAGCAAGCCCAUCCUCAAGUUCAGUGUCAGCGCGAUCCUUGGCGACACCCGGGAAGGAGUCCGCGUUAGGAAUGAAUUCAUGCAACCGCAGCAUAUAUGGCCUUAUCUACAGCAAAACUUCAUGCAGCAGCACUCGCAUCAGUAUCAGCAACACCAUCAGCAGCAGCAGCAGCAUUCGAAUCCCCACCAGCAACACCAAACGUUGCCAGUGCCAGGACAUCCCCAUCCUCAUCCGCAUCACCAUCAUCAUCACCAUCCGCAUCCGGGGGCGGGGCACGCCCACUUUCCGCAUCCCGCAUUUCUAACGCAUCAACUGCCGCCGCAUCAGCAACACCAACAGCAGCAGCAGCAGCAACAUGCACAGCAGCAACAUCAGCAGCAUCCCGGCAAUAGUUGUCAACCGCAAACCGCAUCCUCGUCGUCGUCACCUGGCAGCACAAUUAGUGAUAGCGACAACAAUCACGGAGGAGGAUCGAGUGCCAAUGGGAAUGGCAGUGCUGGCCAGGAUGGUCGACCGCACGACCUGGCGAAUUCCAAUCCCGACGAGGACAAUGCCAGUCGAAGAUUAACGCAAGACAAGCAGCUGCAAGGAGGAGGAGGAUCAGGAGGAGGAGGAGGUGGUGGCCAUGGCCAUCCGACGCCGCCGCCACCGCCUCCUCCGCCGGUGAUUGCCAAGCCCAUGCCCAGCCGUCCCACGCCCUUCCUGCCGCACACCCUCAACCACCCGCACCUCCACUCGCUGCUGGCGCACUGCCGCAAUCCCUACAUGAGUGUUGGCGCCCAAGUGUUUCCCCUGCCUCCUGGCCAGGGAUUCCCCUGGGCCCAUUCGACACGUGGGAAGCCUCGCCGUGGGAUGAUGCGACGUGCCGUCUUCUCAGAUUCCCAGAGGAAGGGUCUGGAGAAGCGGUUUCAACAGCAGAAAUACAUCAGCAAGCCGGAUCGCAAGAAGCUGGCUGAGAGAUUGGGAUUAAAGGAUUCUCAGGUGAAAAUUUGGUUUCAAAACAGGCGGAUGAAGUGGCGCAACUCCAAGGAAAGGGAACUUCUAGCCAGUGGAGGAUCCCGCGACCAAACGCUGCCCAAUAAAAAUAAUCCCAAUCCGGAUUUAAGUGAUGCCAAGUGCGAUCGUCCACUGACGCCCCUUUCGCCUUCUUUGCUCUCACCCAAUGGCAGUGCCACGCCCCCGCCUCCUCAAGGGGCGGUGGCCAAGGAUGAGUCACCAGCGGCGGCGGUUACCCCCAAGUCACCCAGUCAAUCCGCCAGCAGCAGGAGUUCCCCUUCGGUGGGUUAUGGCCUCCAGAUGAGCUCACCUCCUCCACUCCUCACCAGCCUCAAAAUGGGCGAUCAAUCGGGAGGAGGAGCCACGCCCACUCCUGGUCAGUCGGGAGCGACAGUUUCAUCCGCCGCCUCCUCGCCGCCGGGAGUAAGUGCCUCUGAAUUUCAGGCCAAGAUCAAUGCCGAAAUGCAGAAGCAACUGGUGGCUGCCGAUUUGAAAUUCAAGCUGGAAAACAGCAUUCAGGAGGCCAAACAGCGGCGGUUCGAGCAACUGCAGCAGCAAUUGCAUCACUCGCCGCAUUUCAGUGCCAUGAGGGAGGUGGAACUGGCCGCCGCUGCUGCAGCUGCGCAACUGCAUCAUCAUCAUCAGCAGCAACAACAGCAGCAGCAACAGCAACAUGCGCAGCAGCAACAUCAGCAACAGCAGCAACAUCCACAGAGCGCCGAGUUCAUGAAGCUCUACUAUGAUGACUACGAUGACUCCAAUUCGGAUAGUGACGAGGAGAUCAGCGUGACGUGAUUCGUGACUGCAACUGUGACUGCAACAGUGACUGGGAGUAGAAGUGAAAAUGGAAAAGGCACCUUGUACAUAUAUGUUUUAAUUGUAAAUUUAUUGAUGCAUUCUAAUUACUGUAUUUAAUAUGUGUAUAAUAUUUUUUCGA